AUGGAGGAAUCUAUAGUCAAGUCUUUUUGGUGGAUUAAAGAGGUUGCUUGGAGCGCUAAGAAUUCUAAAGAAAUUAUGGAGCGGAUUAGUGAAAGGAAAGGAGCAAGAUAUAGCGUUAACCAUUCUGAUAUUGCUGAUUUCUCGGAUUCCAUCGGGACUUUAGAUUUGGUGGAUUUACCGGCAAUAGGAAAUAAAUUUUCCUGGUUCAAUUUGGCAAGUGAUGCGGCGAGCAGAUUGGAUCGUUUCUUAGUUUCUGAAGGGCUAAUUGACGCGUGGGAUUUGAAAGGACAAUGCAUUGGUGAUAUAAGUUUAUCUAAUCACUGUCCUAUGUCUAUUAAAGCUAACAGAUUGAAUUGGGGUCCCAAGCCCUUUCGAUUUUUUUCGGUUUGGAUUGAUCAUCCAGAAUUUUUACCAUUGGUGGCGGAGGUUUUUGGGAAGCUUGAUCUUUUGGUCGAAGACGCAGUGAGAGACUUGAAUGUGCUUGAUAGAUUGGUGGCGAAAGGGGAUAGUGUAGUCAAUGCCGAGUCCAUAGAAAAAAGGCGAGAAGCUCAUCAUAUUUUUUGGGAAAAAUUGUGUAUUAGAGAAUCCAUUCUUCGGCAAAAAUCAAGAUGCAAUUGGUUAAAGGAGGGUGAUCGAAAUUCGAUAUAUUUUCAUUCUUUUAUGAAGACUCGAUUUCGUCGUAACAGUAUUGUUAGUAUUAAAACAAAGGGUUUUUUGUUGAAGAUGUGGAAGGUAUCAAACAAUAGGCUGCCAAUUUCUUUCAGCAAAGACUUCAGGUACCUAUACUCAUUAGGCCGGCCAAUCUUAGAAGGUGUUCCCUUUAAUCAAUUAUCUGCAGAAGAUAAUACUAAUCUCGAGCUCUCCUUCUCAUUGCAAGAUAUUAAGGAUUUUAUUUGGAAUCCACAAAGCUUUAAUGAUUAUUGUCCCAUCUAUCUGAUUAGUAGUGUUUAUCGGAUUAUUCCAAAGCUCUUAGCGGACAGAUGA